ACGCCUCAAACAAGUUUGAAACAUAGGAAGGAAAAAUAUUUAUUUAAAAACAGAGACAAGGGCGCUAAAUACAAACAUACCAACAGAAUAAAAUGUGAAAAAAAUUAAUGACUAAAGCAUCUCUAUUGAGCAGAUUUUUUUCCCGGUGAAUACAAGCGAGAAUGGCCCCUCGUCUGCAGCUGGAGAAAGCCGCUUGGCGAUGGGUCGACACAGUGAGACCAGAGGACAUAACGCAGGAGCACAUCGAGUUGGCGUACCGUAUUGCCGUGCCGGCGUGUAAGAGGGGAACAUGCAGGAGGAACUGCAAAGGCAACCCGAAUUGUCUCGUUGGAAUCGGGGAACAAUCGUGGCUGGGAGAGAUCGACGAAAACACUUUUCACAACAUCGAUGACCCGAAUUCUGAAAGAAGAGACAAGAACACGUUUGUGGGCCUGACGAAUCUCGGUGCCACGUGUUACGUGAACACUUUCCUCCAGGUAUGGUUCCACAACCUGGAGCUGCGCCAGAUGCUUUACCAGUGUCACAACACCCGAGCUGAGGUGUACAACACAGAGUCAGCCACGGAUUAUGAGCCGAAGACGAUAUGUGAACACCUGCAGUACCUGUUCGCUUUGCUGCAGAACAGCAACAGGAGGUACAUCGACCCCUCGGGUUUGGUGAAAGCACUGGGACUCGAUACGGGGCAACAGCAGGAUGCACAGGAGUUUUCCAAACUCUUUCUUUCACUCCUGGAAGACACCCUGUCCAAGCAGAAGGAUCCAAACCUCCAAAACGUGAUUCAGCAGCAGUUCUGUGGACAGUUUUCUUAUGUUACUGUAUGUAACCAGUGCGGACGAUCGUCUGCUUUACCGUCUCGGUUUUACGAGCUGGAGCUGAAUAUUCAAGGACACAAAAACCUGACGGAGUGCGUCACCGAGUUCCUCAAGGAGGAGAAAUUAGACGGGGAUAACCGCUACUUCUGCGAGAGCUGUCAGAGCAAACAGUGCGCCACGCGUCGGAUUAAGCUCCACAGUCUGCCGCGGACGCUCAACCUUCAGCUCAUGCGCUUUGUGUUUGAUAGGCAGUCUGGUCAUAAGAAGAAGCUCAACACUUAUAUUAGUUUUCCAGAGGUCCUCGACAUGAGCCCGUUUUUGGAAGGAAAAGACGAGAAGUGUAUGUACGAGCUAAGCGCUGUGCUGAUUCACCGCGGCGUGAGUGCCUACUCCGGCCACUACAUCGCUCACGUACGUGACGCUCGCACCAACGACUGGUACAAGUUCAACGACGAGGAGAUUGAGAAGAUGGAGGGCAAGAAGCUCCAGUUGGGCAUCGAGGAGGAUCUAGCUGAAACUGUGAAGUCGCAGACCCGGAAACCCAAAUAUAGCAAAGGCUUUCACUGUUCGAGAAACGCGUAUAUGUUGGUGUAUAAACGUCAGGAACAGCAGAUGGACCAAACCCAGACCAGCGUGGAGGUGCCAGCCUUCCUCCAGAAGCUUGUGGACCAGGACAAUAAGAAAUUUGAGGAAUGGUGUAGCGAGAUGUCAGAUAUGAGGAAACAGAGCGUGGACAAGGGCAAAGCCAAACACGUGGAGGUCAAGGAGCUCUAUGAGCUGUUACCUCCUCGAGAGGGUGAGCCAUACGAGUUUGUCCCUGUAGAGUGGUUGAAAAAAUGGCUGGAUGACUCGACAGCCAUCAAAGAGAUCGACAACAGCCAUUUCCUGUGCUCUCAUGGAAAGCUGCACCCAGACCGCCUGAACGAGGCCAAGAGGAUUUCCCACGGCGCUGCUGAGAUCCUGUUUAGUCGCUAUGGUGGAGGACCCAGAGUAGAUGGUUCAUUUCUGUGUAGAGAGUGCGUGGCUCGACGGUGUCGUGUCCUCAGACUUAAAAACCAACUCAAUGAAGAUUAUAGAGAAGUGACCAACCUCGCCAAGGCUCAGCUGAAGAGCAAUGAAGACGGUUUCUGGAUCGGGAAGGCGUCUCUGAGGCAGUGGAGGCAGUUGGCUCUGGAGCAGCUGGAGGAGGAGGAAGAGGAGACCAAACAUAGUGACUGCAAAACAAAUGGGGAAAAUUCCACAUGUGCAAAAGACAGCGGGAAGGAGAACGACAGAGACGACGACGAGAUGAAGAGUUUCAAUGAAGACAUUCUCUGCUCUCACGGUGGUCUGAGUAUUCAGGAGAGUGAGAGGCGGCUUGUGACAGGUGAGGUCUGGGACAAGCUGAAGGUUUAUUUCCCCAAAGCGCCAGAGUUCACGCAGCAACAGGAGCCCUGCCAGCAGUGCAUGAGGUUAGAGAGGGAGGGUAAAGAGAACGAGGCUCUGAAUCGAAUGAUGGCCAACGAGCAGAAGAGCUCACUCCUCAAUCUUUUCCAUGAUAAGAAUCGUCCUUCACUGCAGAAGUGGCCCCAGGACACCGAUAUUCUGUACAUUGUGCCGUUGUUCUUUGUCGAUGAGUGGAGGAAAUUUAUCAGGAAGCCGACCAAGUCAAACCCGGUGUCCAGCAUUGGAAACAGCAUCCUGCUGUGCCCUCAUGGAGGCUUCAUGUUCACCUACGACUCCUUGCUCCAGGGAGAUGCCCAGCAUGUAGCUCUGCUCUGGCCUGCUGAAUGGGAUGUGAUCUGCAGGCUGUUCUUGGUGGACCAGCCCAUCUCCAUAUGCAGGAUCCACGACACAGCGCAAGACAACGGGAACGUGCAGUACCACACUGAGCCUGAGCUUUGUCGAGAAUGUCGUGAAGGCUUCAUAUUCCAGCAGCAGAGGGACUUGCGGGAGUACGCUCAGGCCACUGUCUAUGUGCGCAAAGUCAUCGACAGCAAAAAGAUGAUUAAAGAGGCUGCUCCUGAGUUCGGUAUGAGUGGAUCUGAAGCAGAGGAUGAAAGAGAAGAGCCGAAAAUAGAAGGAGAAAAAGACCCAGACUUCAAUCAGUCUGAGGAUGGAGCAAAGCGGCAGAAGCUGAGUGAAGCGAGUCCUGCCGUUGCCAUCUCUUCCUCCUCCUCUUCCUGCUCCUCCUCGUCCGCCGCCACCGCUGCUGCUGCUGCAGCUGCUGCUGCUGUGGGGAAAUCAGGGAUUCGGCGGAGCAUGCGACACAGGAAGCUGCGUGGGGAGAAAGCACUCAUCGUCUCCGCCAACCAGACCCUGAAGGAACUCAAGAUCCAGAUCAUGCACGCCUUCUCUGUCGCGCCCUUUGACCAAAACCUGUCCAUAGAUGGCCGAUCUUUAACCGACGACUCGGCCACCCUAGGAAGCCUUGGAGUCUUUCCAGAAAGCAUUAUAUGUCUAAAGGCUGAUGAACCAAUCGCAGAUUACGCAGCUAUGGAUGAUGCGUACCAAGUCUGUUUGCCUGAAGAAGGAUUUAAAGGUACCGGACUACUAGGACACUGACAGAGCCUCUGGAUGUGGAAGAACAUCGACAGCAUCCGUGUGAAAUAAAAAGAAAAAAAGCUUGAAUUAGACCCAGAAGUUGACUGAGAGAAUAAAGUCAAAUUUGUUUAGAGUCUGGUAUUUUUAUUUGUUUGUUUGCCUUGUAACUUUGUAAAGUUGCAAUUCCUUCAAAACAGUCUGUCUUUUGCUUUAAAAAAAAAAAAGAAAA